ACAGACUCCUGCUCAGCAAGGGAGCCCAGCAGCACCCUGCCCCGAACCAACAACCCUCUCUUUCAAUGGUGGUGAUCCAAAUCAGUGUGGAGCAGAAUGCACCAUAGAGAUGUACAACUCUCUUGUUGAACACCGCAAGACUGAAGACUUGGAGCAAGAUGGCUUUUCCAAGAACCCUUUCUUUCAUGGCAUCAUCGCUGAGGUGCCAGAGCAGCACAGAACAACAGAAGGGCACACAAAGAUCGGCUAUGCACUUUACAUCUAUUCCUACAGCUCGUUUGUAGGCAGAGCCAUUUAUAUGGAGGACUUGUAUGUGAUGCCUGAGUUCAGAGGGAAAGGUGUUGGUAAAGCACUAAUAAGCAAGGUGGCACAGCUGGCUCUGGCUGCUGGUUGCCACCAGCUCAACUUCACCAUCCUGAACUGGAACAAACCAUCGAUGGACUUUUACCUCAGCCAGGGCUGCUUUGAUAUUACUGCUGCCAUAGGCUACCACUGCAUGCGCUGCGAGGGGGAGGCACUAAAGCAGCUGGCUCAACUUUAAAACAACCCUCUGACUUUGUGACCUUUGCAGCCAUGAGGUCAGCCCACGCAUUGCAGGGAUGGAGCACCACUCAGUGGUCUUUUUCCAAAACUUGACAACUUAAGCUGCUACCACUACAUAGGCUGUCUGAAGAUCUGUGCUCGUAGGCUCACAGUGCAGCACACUUUUUAAAAUGAAUAUAGUUCAAAUAUGU